AGGCUGGGCUGCUGCCUGGACCCCUGCCCCCUUGCCCUGCUUUCCAGGGCCUGGCAGGCUGGGUCUCCUGUUGGGCAGGGAGCAAGAAGCAGUGGCUGCCCUUGAAGGAGGAAGGAGAAACUGGAGGACAGGAGGGCUCUGAUCUGCCCAAGGGGAUCUGGGGUUUGACCCCAGCUGUGGUGGCCUCUGAGGAGAAAGGAGGGUCUCAGGGCUUCCAGGCUACAGGAUUUUGAAGGGGCAGCAGAAAUCAGGUUCUGAAGGCAGCUCCUGCAGGGAUGGCCACACCAGCAUUUCUAAGGGUCUUGGGGGGUCCAGCCCCACCAGGGGCAUCCUAGCCUCCCACAGCCAACCAUCUGUGCGCCUGCCUCCCGCCCAGCUGAGGCCACUCGCCAUGGGAGGCUGCUUCUCCAAGCCCAAGCCAGUGGAGCUCAAGAUCGAGGUGGUGCUGCCGGAGAAGGAGCGGGGCAAGGAGGAGCUAUCGGCCAGCGGGAAGAGCAGCCCUCGGGCCUACCAGGGCAACGGCACUGCCCGCCACUUCCACUCGGAGGAGCGCCUGCCCACCCCUCACUCCUACCCUGGCACCCAGGACUGUGUGGAGGCUGCCGUCUGUCAUGUCAAGGACCUCGAGAAUGGCCAGAUGCGGGAAGUGGAGCUGGGCUGGGGCAAAGUGUUGCUGGUGAAGGACAAUGGGGAGUUCCAUGCCCUGGGCCACAAGUGUCCGCACUAUGGCGCACCCCUGGUGAAAGGUGUACUAUCCCGAGGCCGGGUGCGCUGUCCUUGGCAUGGUGCCUGUUUCAACAUCAGCACCGGGGACCUGGAGGACUUCCCUGGCCUGGACAGUCUGCACAAGUUCCAGGUGAAGAUUGAGAAGGAGAAGGUGUAUGUCCGGGCCAGCAAGCAGGCCUUGCAGCUGCAGCGAAGGACCAAGGUGAUGGCCAAGUGCAUCUCUCCAAGUGCUGGUCACAGCGGCAGCACCAACGUGCUCAUUGUGGGCGCAGGUGCAGCUGGCUUGGUGUGUGCAGAGACUCUGCGGCAAGAGGGCUUCUCGGAUAGGAUCGUCCUGUGCACGCUGGACCGGCACCUCCCCUACGACCGGCCCAAGCUCAGCAAGUCCCUGGACGCCCAGCCCGAGCAGCUGGCCCUGAGGCCCAAGGAGUUCUUCCGAGCCUAUGGCAUCGAGGUGCUCACCGAGGCCCAGGUGGUCACAGUGGAUGUGAGAAAUAAGAAGGUCGUGUUCAAGGAUGGCUUCAAGCUGGAGUACAGCAAGCUUCUGCUGGCACCAGGGAGCAGCCCUAAGACCCUGAGCUGCAAAGGCAAAGAGGUGGAGAAUGUGUUCACCAUCCGGACGCCCGAGGAUGCCAACCGCGUGGUCAGGCUGGCUCGGGGCCGCAACACGGUGGUCGUGGGAGCCGGCUUUCUGGGGAUGGAGGUGGCUGCCUACCUGACUGAGAAGGCCCAUUCAGUGUCCGUGGUGGAACUGGAGGAGACGCCCUUCAGGAGGUUCCUGGGGGAGCGUGUGGGUCGUGCCCUCAUGAAGAUGUUUGAGAACAACCGGGUCAAGUUCUACAUGCAGACAGAGGUGUCCGAGCUGCGGGCCCAGGAGGGAAAGCUGAAGGAGGUCGUGCUGAAGAGCAGCAAGGUGGUGCGGGCCGACGUCUGCGUGGUGGGCAUCGGUGCGGUGCCCUCCACGGGCUUCCUGAGGCAGAGCGGCAUCAACCUGGAUUCCCGAGGCUUCAUCCCUGUCAACAAGAUGAUGCAGACCAACGUCCCAGGUGUAUUUGCCGCUGGCGACGCAGUUACCUUCCCCUUGGCCUGGAGGAACAAUCGGAAAGUGAACAUCCCGCACUGGCAGAUGGCUCAUGCCCAGGGGCGCGUGGCGGCCCAGAACAUGCUGGCGCAGGAGGCAGAGAUCAGCACCGUGCCCUACCUAUGGACAGCCAUGUUCGGCAAAAGCCUGCGCUACGCGGGGUACGGAGAAGGCUUCGACGAUGUCAUCAUCCAAGGGGAUCUGGAGGAGCUGAAGUUCGUGGCUUUUUACACCAAAGGCGACGAGGUGAUCGCUGUGGCCAGCAUGAACUACGAUCCUAUCGUGUCCAAGGUGGCUGAGGUGCUGGCCUCGGGCCGUGCCAUCCGGAAGCGGGAAGUGGAGCUGUUUCUGCUGCACAGCAAGACCGGUGACAUGUCCUGGCUCACAGGGAAAGGAUCCUGAGCUUGCAUGCAGCAGACUUGGGCAGGCAUGCUGGGGCACCAGGGACAGAGACCAAGCCCUGGGGGCAGGUGCCAACCUCCAAUUUCCCAGGAUCCCCCAGGGCAGAACCUGAGCCCUUCCAGUGCUUGCCAUCAGCUGCCUGUCUCACUUCCAGACACCUCCACUGCUUCCAAGUGAUGCUAACCACCCAAGGCCUGGACUGCCAUCACUGGCAGUAGAGGUGGGACAGGCCCUGCCUCUUCUCCCUGUAUUGGGACUGGUCCCCUGUAGGACCUUGCAACAUACUAGACGUUAUCUCAAAAUUAAAACAUGCACAUUUGCA